AUGAGUGUAAAAAAGACUUGCAUUAUGCCAAUCCAACAGUUCAAAGAAGAUACCAAUGGAAAAAUUGUGAAGAACCAGGAAGUUGAUUUGCCUGAUAUCGACAUUAUCAUUCGAAAUCAAAGAGCUGUAACAGUAGACUCGUUCUCUCAUCUCAGCUGUUGGACUUCUCGUGAUCAACGACCAGACAAAGAGAUAGAAGCUAGAUUAACGAAAUCAGCAACAGCGUUCAACAUGCUACGGAAUGUCAUUUGGUACCGAAAGACUAUAUCGAUUGAAGCCAAGUUACGGAUAUUCAGAGCAUGCGUUCUGCGUGUUUUGUUAUAUAGUAGUGAAGUUUGGUCCUUGACCGUUGCUCAAGAAAACAGAAUCAAUACGUUUUACAUGAAAUAUUUGGGAACGAUACUGAGUCUGAAUUUAGGUGACCAUGUCUCAAAUCAGAAAAUAAUGCAGCUGUCUGGUCAACCCUCAAUUGAAAAUCUGAUGCGACGUAAUCGCUUGAGAUGGUUUGGCCAUGCAAAUAGAAUGGAACAUGGAAACGGGCCAGCUCUAGUUAAGAAGAUAAUGUUUUCCUACUUUCCUGGUGAUAAACGUCCUGGAAACGGUGGUAUAAGGCAAAGAUGGGAAAACAAGAUAAUGGAUGACAUUGAUAAGUUCGGUAUCAGAAACUGGAGAAAAGAUACUAGAGACAGAAAUAUCUGGCGUGUAUUAAUUAAUAGACAUGUACAAUCCACUCCUGUCGCUUCAAACAUCAAAUCAAUAAUACAGGAGUACAAAGAUAGUGCAAACAGAAGAAGAUCAGAAUUAGCCAUUCUACAUGGAGCUGCUCAGCGAAAGGUGACUGAAGUAUUGGUGAAAGGCUCUAACAACAGUUACGAAUGUCCCAAUUGUCAAAAGAAGUUUAAAGCUCAAGGAAUAACCGGUCAUAUUAGAGCGUAUGCACCUCAAUGGCGCAAAAAUAACAACAUCAAAAUACCCAAAGUGAAAUGA